GAUGCUAUAGCUACCGUGUUUAAUUGCCCCAAAGUUCUCACAACUGUCUGUAGUGUCUAGCUCGUCCUAAAGACACGAUUCGGGUCACCUGCGUGCUUCUUAAAUCUAAUUUAACCAGGAGAGAGGCAGGCAGUGGGUUUUUUUUUUUUUUUACCCCGCCUGAGAUUUUCUCCCCCUCUCUGCCGUGGUAGGGUGCUGGUGCUGUUACCGCUGCGCGUCCGCGUAUUGUUUCUCUGGCUCUCUAAUGGCGGACAGGAGACAGUACUACUACCCUACCCACUGAGUGUGGGGUUACUGCUCAACUACCGAGCGAUGUUUACUUUCCUAGCUGAUUAUUUUGUCCGCGUUAACGCUUCCUCGAUUCAGUAUCUCUCUUAAUGAUCCGGUUCAUUUAGUAAAAUUGUGUACCGAGGCGUUCUUAGUUGAUGCUCUGAAGUGAACAGCGCCCCCUCAGGUAGCCACGUGCAUGUCGUUUUGAUUACCCGGGGUAAAAGCUCAGGGGUAACUUCCGAAUUAAAUGUUCACCCAAGAGUACACUAAAAGUGCACUAAAUAUACAUAUACAAUGUACUGUUGCAUGGAUGUUUGUGUGUUUUUAAUUAAUCAUUUUUUAUUUAUUUAUUUAUUGUGAUGCUUAUUUUGUAACAUUGAUAUAACAGUAAUCUUGUAAUGAUAUGCCGAGGACACCAUAACAAAGAGAUCACGGUUAAAGGGAAUUGGGAGUACUCGGACCUUUUGCACUUAAUGCACUUAGUAGCUGCGUCGAUGCUACGAUUAUUCGCGAAUAACUUUGCGACGUUUCUCCGUAGCUAAUAACAAUGGCGCAGUCUCGCGCACACGCACGCACGCAGGCAGGCAGGCUCUUCCUCCCUCCACUUCCACGCUAAUCCAAUGGCUGCAUGCGCCAGAGAGGCCAGGGGUGGGAACACUGAGCUGAAACACGACCACACUUCAGCCUGGGGAAAACACACACGCUUUUCAUUCUACAUAGUUAACUAGAGUCGGUGUGGUUAUUUAUUUAUACGUGUUUUAUAUACCAUGGGGACUUGCUGUGACACGCGCGCGCUGUCGGGACCGUGGAGCUGCGGCCCUGGUCCAGCCCCAAACCCCAGCGCGAGCUCUACUACUACUCGAGUGCACCAGUGAAGGGUGCAGCACUAGAGGUAAAUGCCUCACUCCUUUAUUUGUGGUAACAGGUGGUUGGUUACCUAAGCGAUGGAUGAAGAGUUGGAGCCCAGGACAGAUGUGGAGGAGGGAUUAAAUAAUGGGGAUGAGCCCAUGGAAACCACACCCUCAACAGAACUGUGCGCAGAUGGGCAGCUUGAAGAAACCGGUGUCAUGACAACAGAUGUAUCCAAGGCUCCAGAGGAUAAUGAUGACGACGUUGUGCUGGUGGAGGGGCCUCAGUUUCAGGAGGGGAAAAAAGCAGCAAGCCCCUCUAGCAGCCCUGCACCUGCUGAGACCACAGACGGUGCAGAGCCAGCCACCACAGCGACCACAUCCUCCAACACUCCUUCUCCUUCUCCUCCUCCUCCUCCUCCUCCCUCCUCCACAGCUGCAGCAACGAUGGUUCCCAAAAGCCAAACUGAGCCCAUUGUUAUAGACGACGAAGAAGAUCCCGAGCAAAGAGACUCUUCCUCCUCCUCGCUGGCAUCGAAUCAGACCAGAGAAGCAUUAAGCAGCACAGAGCCGGACUCGGAAAUCAAGAUUGCCAGCGUCACCACGCUGGGAGGGACAUGUUCAUCAGAGGUGGCCAUGUCGACGUCAGCAGAGACAUCCGCAGCCCCAUCCGACGAGGAAAGCAUGAACCUCAAAAUCACAAGUGUGACCUCAUUAAAGGGGAACGACGAAGCAGAGGCUGGUGGAGAGAUGGAAGCUGCAGAAAACGGCUUGCAGAUCAGUAGCACGUUCAGCCUAAACCCAGAGGCCCAGCAGAGCCAAGGGUCAGCAAGUAAACCUUCACCAACGUUCAACCCAGGACGCGUUAACUCGGCUACCCAGCCGGUUCAAAACGGCGAGACAGGGACUCACCAGAGAUCUGAUUCCUGGAUCUCUCAGUCGGCAUCUUUUCCCCGAAAUCAGAAGCAGCCAGGGGUGGAUUCUCCCUCUCCUACAGCGUCUCUUCCCAAAGCACCGGGCCAGUCUUCCUCAGGCUCCCAGCAGCCACCACGCACCAUGAAGGUCACCUGUGCUAACUGUAAAAAGCCUUUAAAAAAAGGUCAGACUGCUUAUCAGCGCAAAGGCUCCUCCCACCUGUUUUGCUCUACAACCUGCCUCUCUGCCUUCUCCCACAAACCCACGCCCAAAAAGAGCUGCACCAUGUGCAAAAAGGACAUUACUAGUAUGAAAGGAACAAUUGUGGCUCAGGUGGACUCGAGCGAAUCGUUUCAGGAGUUCUGCAGCACCGGUUGUCUGGCUGCAUACGAAAAUAAACAGAACCCCCCGAAGAACACCCUCAAAACCAAGUGUACCGUCUGCGGAAAGCUCACAGAGAUUCGCCACGAAGUCAGCUUCAAGAACAUCACCCAUAAAAUCUGCAGCGAUGCCUGUUUUAACCGUUACCGUAUGGCUAAUGGCCUGAUCAUGAACUGUUGUGAGCAGUGUGGGAACUACCUUCCCAGCCGGGCCACAGCAAAUCACUUCUUGCUUAUUGACGGGCAGCAGAAACGCUUCUGUUGUCAGAACUGUGUCAGGGACUACAAACAGACGCAUGGAAAGAUGACACAGUGUAGUGGAUGUAAGGUGAUGUGCAGGUCUUUUGACGUUACUCAUGGUAUUGGACCCACUGGCAUCAUGGAGCCUUAUUGUUCUUCAUCCUGUAUGAAUAAAAGCAAAAUUGCAGCUGCUGCACAGAUUGUUGAACCUUGCUGCCAUUUCUGCAAGAGAAAUGCAUUACCUCAGUAUCAGGCAACACUACCUGAAGGGAAGGUCUUAAACUUCUGCAGCUCUCAGUGUGUCACGAAAUUCCAGAACGCCACUAUACAGACAUCAGCCAACGGCCAACUUCCUGCCUCAGCUUCUAGCAACGUCCAACUGAAAUGCAACUACUGCCGCGGCUCCUUCAGCCUGAAACCAGAGAUUCUGGAGUGGGAGGAUAAAGUGUACCAGUUUUGCAGUAAGGCGUGCUGUGAGGACUAUAAGAAGCUCCAUUGCAUUGUGACAUUCUGCGAGUAUUGCCAGGAGGAGAAGACCCUUCACGAGACUGUCAAGUUUUCAGGCGUCAAAAGGCCUUUCUGUAGUGAAGGUUGCAAGCUGUUGUUCAAGCAGGACUUUAUACACCGUCUGGGCCUCAAAUGUGUCACCUGUAACCACUGCACUCAGAUGUGCAAAAAAUCUGUUACCAAACAGAUAGAUGGUGUCAGCAGAGACUUCUGCAGUGAAACUUGUGCUAAGAAGUUUCAUGACUGGUACUACAAGGCGGCGCGCUGCGACUGCUGUAAGGUGCAGGGGAACCUGACCGAGUCUGUGCAGUGGCGUGCUGAGAUGAAGCACUUCUGUGAUCAAGAGUGUCUCCUCCGUUUUUACUGCCAGCAGAAUCAGCCCAACAUGGCAACUCAGAAAGGGCCGGAAAACACGGCAUUAGGACAGACACAUGCAUCAAAGUUAACUCUGACCAAUCAGGGACCCGUGUCAUAUGCUGGAGGAGGGAUUGUUAAGGAUGUGAAGAAUAAAGCCGUCCUCUGUAAACCUCUCACCAUGACUAAAGCCACGUACUGCAAACCUCAUAUGCAGAGCAAACCGCUCCAAACAGAAGAAGAUGGCUUGGAGGGCUUGGUGAAGGAGUAUGUCCCUGUUCCAAUUCCUGUUCCUGUUUACGUUCCCGUACCCAUGAAUCUCUAUGCUCAGGCCACACCCACCUCUGUUGCAAUACCUGUACCUGUCCCUGUGCCAGUGUUUCUGCCCACCACGCUGCAGAGUGCUGAGCAUAUUGUGAAGACCAUAGAUGAGCUCAAAGCCAAGGUUCCCACUGAUCCUCUCGAAGCUGAUCUGAUAGCUAUGGCUGAAAUGAUUGCAGAGGAGGAUAAGAAACCUGACUGCUUAGAUAUCAAAUGUGAAAAGGACAGUGAAGUGGUUAAAAGGGAGAGAGUAAAUAGCAUCAGUGGUGGUAGCAGUUCAGACGAGGAGGAAGGCGAGGAGGAAGACAAGUAUGAACCCGACCUGGACCUGGAAAAAGAUCUUCCUCAAGCUUCAGAGCCUGUGCCCGUCUUGGAAGGGAUCGACACAGAGAUGGGUUUCACAUUGCCGCCCGUCCUCACUGAGGAGCGAGAGGAGACGUCCUGGACCCGAACCAGGAGGAAGGGCAUCAAGAGACCACGGGCCGCGGAAGAGGAGAUUUCUACAGCGUCGUCUUCGUCAGCAGAGCCUUUCGCAGCAGACGCCUCUUUCCCCCUGAGCUCCAGGUAUGGCCUGAACGCCUGGAGGAGAUGGAUCGCAUCAUCAGCUGCACAGUCCAGUGACGUAAAAGAGAAAGGCGCUUGCGAGCAAGUGACUCCACCUCGGUUGAAAGGCAGUCUUAUUUCUCUGGGUGCAGCAGAUCUGAGCAAGGCUCUGUCUCAGUUCGUCAGAGAGGUGCGUCGGCCCAACGGUGAGCGCUAUGCUCCAGACAGCAUUCUCUACCUUUGCCUCAGCAUACAGAAGUAUUUGCAGGAAAAAGGAAGGACAGAUGACCUGUUUAAUGACUCCUGCUACAGUGUGUUUGAGGAGGAGCUUAACAAGGUUCUCAAAGGCUGGCAGCCCAGCGUUCUUCCUGAUGGCUCUCUGUGGGGUCGUGUCGAGGAGCCGUGUCUGUGGAGCAGCAGACAGCUAGGAGAACAUUCCCCGUCGGUUCUCCUGCGCUCUCUCGUCUAUCUCAACACAAAAUACUUCGGCCUGCGCACUGUCGAGCAGCACAUGCGCCUCUCGUUUGGUAACGUCUACGGGCCCAGCACUUCUAAACCUCACGAUCACGACACCACUGUCUGUAUUUGCAUCCCCUCCAUCUCACCGGAUCAACACGAACCAACGGCAAGUAAGAGGAGGCGUAAAGACGCUAGUGACUCGAACUUUGAUCAGAACGAUGGUUCGGGAGGCUUCACUCACUGUCCUGUGAAGAAACACGAGUGCCGCUUGUAUGAACUCUACUUGUCUAAGUGCCCUGAGUCGGUGAGGCAGAGGACAGAUUUCUUCUAUGUGAAGCCAGAGGUUGCCUCAACACCAGACAGUCCUCUGUGGUUCACUUCAAGUCCUUUAGAAAAGCAUGUGCUGGAGAGCCUACUAACUCAAGUCCUUCUGGUGAGGGAUAUCUACAGAGAGAGCGGCCAUGAGGAGGAGGAGGAGGAUGAGGAAAUUUAGGAAAAGUGGAACUGAGGCCUUGUAUGCCACCAUAGCACCCUCUGCAUUACAUGUCACUUUCCCUUUAAACACACUGAUCCCAUUACAGUUAUAAGCAAAGCAAAUACUGUACGUCAGGACUUGAGGGGUUUAAGGCUUAAUACUGAUUUCUAAAUCAGUGUUUCCAGAAGACUUGGUCUGAUGAUUGGUGCUUUACGUGAAAAGCAACCCACAGACUGCUGCUUUUUUUUUUUUUUUUUUUUUUUUUUUUUUGUAUAUUUUUUGUUGUUUUUCAUUUGUUAGGAAAUUGUGUGUAUGUGAUGUAGCAUUACCUGCGAUGCCCAGAUUGGGCUGCUGUGGUCUGUAAAUAUUUCUGAAUAUAUUGUUAGAGAGAGGUGUGAAGUAAGUGUGUGUGUGUGUGAGAAACAGAAAAUACAUUGAAAUGCUAUAGAUAAAUAAAAUGAAAGAAAUCAACACAAAUCCAACAAGCCUUCUUAAGAGAAAAUAUUUAUUUAUUGCAGUUUGUGACGUGUUGGAGUCCUUAAGACAGGAGUGUGUGUGUGUGUGUGUGUACGUACGCUGUGCCAUUUCUCUCACCUUCAUUAAGAGCAUUAAAGCCUGCUGUAGCCCUUGACCACCCAUCUCUCUCUCUCUCUCUCUCUCUCUCUCUGUCUCUCUCUCUCUCUCUCUCUGGAGUUUGUGUGUUGGUUGGCUUGCAGAGCAGGCUUAUUUGAAGCAGGCUUUUUGUUGGUAUUAAACUUUUAGUGUGAAGCUAUUCUUUUGAGCAAUCAGUUCUCUAAACCAUUUAAUUUUUUUAUCAAUACCCAAUGUGUAUUGUAUUUUUUUUUUUUUUGUUGUUGUUGUUUUGUUUUUGUUUUUUUUCUUCCCCAGCUUCCAACUUUAAUGACGUUUGGAUGUUUCUUUAAUACGUUUGAAAUAAACAAAGCACUUGACAAAAAGUGCGUUGUUGAUUCCACAGUGGCAUUUUGUUAAUGGUAGAACGGAAAAUUUGUACUGUACUCGGGCGGGGUUUGUGAUUGAAAAGAAUCUGUACAUCUGCAAAGGAUAGUUUUGAUCAUUAAAAACCCAUUCUUAUAGAUGAAAGGAGGAAACAGCUUUAUAUGUUAAAUUGUUUUAUGUUGUCAUUGUCUGUUUUUAUAAAUUCUAUUUUUUUACCAACUAAUUAAAA